UUCAUUUCCGACCGAGCUGCCUGGUGUCGAAAAGACCGUUUGUGAGAGAUUGCAAAAUUUCUGCGGUGGCUUCUGCUGGCCAGCUAGUUAGCACGCUGUCAGUCAUUCAAGUUCUGGGCAGUGCUGGGAGGAAGCGAUUAAUUAGUUGUUGCUGCGUUUUGUUUGUUUUGGUUUGGUGUUCCUUUAAUCUGUAUAUGCAACCAAUGACACCAAACUAGGCAACUAUUGCGUAUUACUAAUUUAUGUAAAUAUAGCUGCGCAGCAUACUCAUUCUUUGGAACGUCAACUCUAACGUUACAUUUGAUUUAUGUGACGUUAGACAAACUUUGUGAGCUUCGGUUUAAACUACGCUGCUACAGGAAUAAGACAUUCAGAAAUACGCACAGCAAGAGAUGCCUUGUGGAGCCUUUUUGGCGCGUUACAUUACUUGAAUAAAUGUGUUUAUUUUUGAAGGGAAAAACUGAAACAAAUGCCUCUCUGGAUAAUAUCUGACUAGCUAAUUCGCCAACUUGUUAGCUGUCUAGCUGGCUAACGUUAGCUAUGCGGUUCAUUGAAGUUUCAAACACACGGAAAAGCUGGCGAACUUAAAUCUAAUUCAUACGUUGCGUUACGACUUACGGUAUUAGUGCACACGUUGUGCAAACAUGUUGAAGCGUGGAGCAUGUGGUAAAUCCAGCUACAGUCCGUAUGCAACCGGCCACAGGGUUAAGAAAAAUGGGACUAAAGCAAAAAGCAAACUGGACCUGUUGCCAAAUAAACCUAACAUCUGGCUGAAGCAGCUUUCCGUUCUCCAGGAGCAGCCUAGCCGGGAUGCUGUCGAUGCGGCUGCUGCCGCCGCCUCCUGCUCCUCCUCGCCUCCUUCGUCCUCCGGCCUCCUGGACCCCUUCUCUUUCCCGGGAGGGCCGUCCGGCCAGCCGGGGAGGCCGGGGGGCUGCCCCUCCCCCGUGGCCACGCUCAGGCGCCCCACGGCGUUGAGCCGGCACGCCAGCGCCGCCGGGUUCCCCCUCCAGUCCUGGGUCUACAACAAGGGCCUGGGCAGGGGAGCCGCCACCGCCCCCAGCCCCACCGCCGAGAGCCCGGAGCCUGCCGCCAUCGAGGUGGAGGACAUCCCCGCCCUGCUGCACGACGUGGCGCGCUUCGCCGAGGCCGUGGAGAAGCUCAAGGACGUGGUGCUCGGGGAAGACACGCAGGAGAACCGCCGGCCUGUGGCCCAUGAGUGCCUGGGCGAGGUUCUGCGGAUCCUGCGGCAGGUGAUCAGCACCUACCCCCUGCUCAACACCAUGGAAACGCUCACCGCAGCCGGCAAGCUCAUCUCCAUGGUCAAAGGAUUCCACUACGAGGCGAACAACGACGCGGACAAGAAGGCCUUCGAGAAGGCCAUCGAGACCAUCGCAGUGGCCUUCAGCAGCAGUGUUUCAGAGCUGCUGAUGGGGGAGGUGGACAGCAGUACCCUUCUGUCCCUGCUGCCCUCAGAGAAGAGCAGGAGCAUGGAGAACCUGCAUGGAGGAGUGGCGGGCCAGGGGCCAGACUGCACGCUAAUGAAGGAUGACCUGCAGGGCUUCGUCCUGAGCGCUGAAGAGGUGGACGUCAUUCUCCAGGGCAGUGAAGGAGGGGUGGACUCCGCGCUCAGCUACGCCAAGACCAUCGCCAAAUACAUGAAGGACCUGACCAGUUACGUGGAGAAGAGGAUCGCGCUGGAGACGGAGUUUGCCAAGGGCCUAACGAGGCUGUAUCACACCUGCAAGCAGAGCAUCGCGCAGCCCCACAUGCCCUUCCUGUCCAUCUACUGCCUGGCCCUGGAGCAGGACCUGGAGCAGAGUCUGGGGGUCCAGCAGGCGGCAAGCACUCUGCACAACCAGACCUUCCUGCAGCCCCUGACGCAGCGGCGGCUGGAGCACGAGAAGAAGCGCAAAGAGAUAAAGGAGCAGUGGCAGAGAGAGAAGAGGAAGCUGCUGGACGCGGAGAGUAACCUGCGGAAGGCCCGGCAGUUCUACGUGACGCGCUGUGAGGAGUACGACAAGGCCAAGAGCGUCACCAGCCGGGCCGAGGAGGACGGCGGCAGCUCCGUCACCAAGUCCCUGGACAAGAAACGGCGGCUGGAGGAGGAGGCCCGCGGCAAGGCUGAGGAAGCGGAGGCUACGUAUCGCACAUGCAUCGCCGACGCCGUCACCCAGCAACAGGAGCAGGAGCACGUGAAGGUCAACGUCCUGCGGCAGAUCCAGGAAGUGAUCAAGCAGAGCGAUCAGACCCUGCGAUCGGCCACCAUAUCGUACAACCAGAUCAUGCACAUGCAGACGGUGGCGCUGCCGGUGCACUACCAGACCCUGUGCGAGAGCAGCAAGCUGUACGACCUCGGCCAGCAGUACGCCGCUCACGUCAAGGACCUGCGCUUGCCCGAGGAGCCCAAGGCCCGCUACAAAUUCGAACCCUACUCUGCCUCCUCCGCCCAGCAGUCUGGCAGAGUGCGUCACGACAGCUUCAACACGGACCGUCAGAGCGCCGCCGAGGCCCCGCCCACCUCGGGGGAGGCGGCCUCCGGAGAUGGAGUCUCCAGCCAUAAGCAGAGGAAGGUACGAGGUCACCAGUCUCACAAGUCCUGGCCCACGACGCAGAGCGACACUGAGAGCGCGGGCGGGGGCAGCGGCCUGGAGUCCCCCUCCACCAGCACAGGGGACGUCAGGAAGAUACCGCGGACUUCCUCCACCGGGACCAUGUCGUCCAACGAGGACCUGGAAGAGAAGGACGGGAACGUGGCUUCCUUUGAGCAGAGCAUGAACGGCAUCGAACCCGAGAACACGGCGCCCAGCGGACCCUUCCGGAACAUCGGCCUGUCCAAGGCGGCGCAGACGCACCGGCUGCGCAAACUGCGCACGCCCGCGAAGUGCCGCGAGUGCAACAGCUACGUGUACUUCCAGGGCGCCGAGUGCGAGGAGUGCUUCCUGGCCUGUCAUAAGAAGUGUCUGGAGACGCUGGCCAUCCAGUGCGGGCAUAAGAAGCUGCAGGGCCGGCUGCUGCUCUUCGGCAGGGACUUCUCCCAGGCAGCCCAGGGCAGCACCGAGGGAAUCCCCUUCAUCAUCAAGAAGUGCAUCUUAGAGAUCGAGAGGAGGGCUCUGAAGAUGAAGGGCAUCUACCGGGUGAACGGGGUGAAGACGCGGGUGGAGAAGCUGUGCCAGGCCUUUGAGAACGGCAAGGAGCUGGUGGAGCUCUCCCAGGCCUCUCCGCACGACAUCAGCAACAUGCUCAAACUCUACCUCAGACAGUUGCCCGAGCCGAUCAUGCCCUUCCAGCACUACCACACUCUGAUGGGUCUGGCCAAGGACAGCCUGAAGGCCGAGACCCCCGAGGGGGAGGGGGCGGGGAAGGGGCCCGAACUGGUGGACCGGGGCCCCGAGACAGACCCCGAAGUUCGCGUCUUGGUGGACAAGCUGCGGGAACUUCUGAAAGAGCUGCCCUGGGCCAACGUGGUUACCCUGCACUACAUCGUGUGUCACCUGCGCAGGAUUGCAGAGCUGGAGGAGGAUAAUAAGAUGAGCCCCAGUAACCUGGGCAUCGUGUUUGGCCCCACGCUGAUGAGGCCCCGCCCCACGGGGGCCACCGUGUCCCUGUCCUCCCUGGUGGACUACCCGCACCAGGCCCGCAUCGUGGAGGCCCUCAUCGUCUUCUACCACGACAUCUUCCCUCCCGAGGCCGGCAGUCUCAGUCAGGACAACAGCGUUGCAGGGAGGAGGGAAGAGGGAGACGGACAGGAGGCCUCGGAAAGGCGCGGCAGGCCGGACGCUGAGGACAGGCUGGAAGAGCUCUGUGGCACCUCUCCGGGCUCCUCUGGGUCCCGUGAGCGCUCUGUGGACUCUGAUUCGGAGCUGGAGGAAGCGGAGGGCGAGGCCCAGCAGGAGAGCGAGGCCAGCGCUGAUGAUGAACAGCUGAGCCCCAGGGGCAGCGUGGACUUUCCCGACUCCCCCGACGACGGCCCCCCGGCUGUCCCCGACGGCGGCCCCCCGGCUGUCCCCGACGGCGGCCCCCCGGCCGUCCCCGACGGCGGCCCCCCGGCCGUCCCCGACGGCGGCCCCCCGGCUGUCCCCGACGGCGAGCCGCCGGACGCGGACGGCGCGGAGCAGGAGCUGGAGCUGGCCUCCUCUCUGGCGCAGCUCAACACCAACCAGUCAAACAACACGGCCGUGGCCCCCCUGGGCCUGCCGCUGGCUCGCCUGUGCAAGGGGAGGCUGGCUGUGGCCAAGGAUGCCCGCAGAGAGCCCGAAUUUGUGUAGGAACAGCCUGAGCAGUUUUACAGGGAGGAACCUGGUAAAUUUGUAUAGAAACUGCUUGAGCAAUUUUACAGGGUGGAAACUGAUCAAUUUUUAACUAAAUAGCCUGAACAGUUUUACAGGGUGGAACCCGGUACAUUUUAAUAGAAACAGCCUGAGCAAUUUUACAGGGCGGAAUCUGGUCAGUUUUAAUGAAAUAGCCUGAGCAAUUUUACAGGGAGGGAACCCUGUAAACUUGUCUUUCUUUGUCAGUGUAUGAUCCUUAACUGCUUGUGUAGUGUACACUGUAUGACUUUUAUGUGAAAUAGCUCGUUUUUAGGUUUCAGAUCUCUUCAUUUACACUUUGCCUCCCAAAUCAAAUUUUGUCACAGUGCGCAAAUGUCUCAUUUCAAAUGUCAGUUCAGAAAAAGACUGAAGAACUGAAAGUGUUAGCUUUAAAUUGUACGAUGAAGAGAUCAGUCAGUUCUGAUUUUACUGUCGUUGUACUGGUACUGUCCUUGUGGGAGUUCAUAGUGACUCUCACCAUAUAAUGGUAUUUUUCUUCAUAGUAAAAAUAUUAAUAUAAUAUAAAUUGUUCAAGUUUGAUAGAAGGUUAUGGAUAUAUUGUGAAUGGUGAUCUGCUCUGAAGCCCAAAAUGCUGAUGCUUUUGCUCAGUUUCCAUUCUUAUCACCACCACUAGGGGGCUUUUAUUUUCCCCCUCAUCUCCAAUCCAAUGAUGACCCUACAUGUCCAGGAAACAAUGGCUAUUGCCCCUGUAUCCUGUCUGACAAGCCCUCCCUUUUUCAGAAUCUGCUGGAAUCUCCUGUGCACUAAGUCGUUUAUUUAGCUUCUGAAAUCUUUUGUGGUUGAAAAGGCUUUUUGUUGUGGUUUCCAAUCACUUACACUGAGAGCCUGAAAGGCUAAAUUAAGACCUCCAGCACCACUUUGUCGUUUUUUCCUGCUCCAUUUGGCGCCUCUUGCUAAGAGAGCAGCGGAAGCCUUCACCUUCUCCUCUUCCCCACCAGUGCUUCAAACACUUUCACUCUGUUAUGUUCCUUUAUCAAGGUGUUCUGCUGCUCUAUUCAUUCUGAGUUCAGGUGAGCAGUUGUUUACUGUUUUUACAAUGAAUAGGAAGCAAGCUGUGGAAAAAUUGUGUCUGUAGGCUGACUUUCUGCAGUCUUUUCAGUUGCUAGCUGCUAGUGAUUGCUCUGGGCGGAGGGAAGGGUAUCACUUCAGCUAACACCAGCAUUAUAAAUGCAUCUCAUUAGUACGGUUUGGUAUGUCGUAUGUUUUUAUUUAAGACUGUGCUCUUCACAGUGGUUCAGACAUCGACUGUCGCUGUCGCUGGUAAACUAUUUUAAUUCUGUUUGUGGAAUGGUCAAUGGGUUUUUUUUUUUUAAUAACUUUCCAAAUAUUUUCAAAUGUUUUAUAAAAGCUAUUCCUAGAAUAGGAUUUCAAAGUUAUAAUUUUAUGUGUUAACUGUAUUGGAUUUUAUAAAUUAUAUUUUUACAUGGAGAAAAAUGUCUACCAUGUCUAUAAAAUAAUAAAAAGUGAGAAAUGUGAAAUGUUUUUCACUACUCUUUUACUGACAAGCUUGAGUUUUGUAUAAUUAAAAAUAUUAGCUGAAACUGUAAAGUA